AUGUCAAACACUCUUUCCGUAUUGGCAUCAAGCUCCGAUGAAGUGCAGGAGCUGCCUGCUCUGACUUUCUUAGGUCCGCCCGGAACAUAUUCCCAUCAAGCGGCGUUUGACGCUUUUGGCGAUUCUGUUCACUAUGUUGCAAAACAGACCAUUGCUGGCGUCAUCGAGUCAUUAUCGUCUGAGCUGCCCUUUGGUAUCAUACCCCAAGAAAAUAGCACCAAUGGGUCGGUGAUCGAGACCUACAACCUACUCCGAUCCGAAUUCGUUGGUCGAGAUAGUUUUGUCGUUCGCCAAAAUGUUAAAAUCGAGGACAUCGAACACGUUUUCAGCCACGAACAAGCCUUAGGCCAGUGUAAGGCGUUUUUGAAGGAAUUCCUUCCAAGAGCAUCGCUUGUGCCGAAAGACUCGACUGCGAGUGCUGCUCGUGCAUUGCUCAACCCGCCGUCCGAUGGUUUUGACCCCUUGAAGAGUGCAGCGAUUUGUUCAACGGUUGUGACUUCGCUGUUUCCCGGCCUAGAAGCGUUGCGCACUGGUAUUCAAGAUGGAGAAACGAAUGUGACGCGCUUUUAUAUCGUAUCCUAUGGCGUGGACGUUCGGGUCCCAUGGCAAACACCACCUACCGACCAGAAGCGUGCUUUAAUCCGGCUCUUGCCUGACAGAGAUUCAGUGGCAUGGGAUUCUUCACGGGCGAUCAAGGCACUCAACAUACCCAUCUCCCGCAUAGACCGAAGACCGUCCCUAUCUUCAGCCACCUUUCAUGAUGUAUACUUUUUUGAAGUGUAUGCCGAAGGGGGAAAAGAAAGCGAUGUUGCCUGGUUCGAUUGUGUGAACCAGGCUGUCGAAAGAUUGAGGCAAGCAGGUUUGGAAUCCACAGUUCUGGGCAUAUGGUAGUAUAGACAUUGGUGCAGGCCAGAAUUACAAACAUAUUCGUUUCGUGCAAGCUCUACUUGCGUCAUACUUUGUCAUAAUAAAAUUUCGUCCUUCAAGCAUGCAAAGCCAAGAAAGU